UAUUACUUAAUGAGCGUAGAGUAUUAACGUGAUAUUGUGCACAGACACUUUCAAGUAAAUAUUGUAAAAAAAUAACAGUAUUGUGAUAAAAGUGGUUAACAGUUUCAUGAAUGUAACAGUGAUUGGAAUCUAAUGAUUGCAGAUACAAUUAAUAUGAAUAAUACACAAGACACAAAUUUUAAGAUGUGAUUGUACAAAAUUGUCAAAAUGUUGAAGAAAGUGAACAAAGUACCACCAGACGGUGGUUACGGAUGGGUUGUGACAUUUGCAUACGCACUUAAUAAUGUUGUUGUUCUACCUCUCAUUGCCGGUUUUGCAUUAGUAUUUCAAGAAGCAUUUGCUGAAACUAAUUUGACGCCUACUCAAGGAUCUUUAGUAAUAGUUCUAAAUCAUGGAAUGGGUAUGCUACUUUCAUUUUUCGCUGGCCCUGUGUUACGACGCUUUGGAUAUAGAAAAGUUGCAGUCACAGGUGCCAUUUUAGUAUCUGCUGGACUGAUGAUGACCUCAGUGUCAUCUAGUUUCUGGCUAUUUGUGUUAUCCUACAGUAUUAUUAAUUCCAUGGGUAUCGCUGCAGUAAUGGCAGCUUUUUCUUUAGCAAUUAAUUCAUUUUUCAAAGAAAAAAGAGGAAGGGCAAUAGGCGCCGGUAUGUCAAUUACAGGACUUGGGAGUAUAUUUAUGCCUUUACUGAUGAGCACCCUUGUUUAUGCGUAUGGAUGGAGAUACGCUGUACUUAUACUGAGUGCAAUUUGUUUGCACUCAUUGGUAGGAGCGUGUUUACUUAGACCAGCCAAAUGGUACCUAAAGGAUCCACCUGCACCUGCAGAAGAAAUGGUGCCAUUGAAUAAAGAAAUCAGCAUAGAACUUGUCAAUGGCAGUAUUACAACAUCUUCGAAACUUACUGGGAGUAAUACAUUAUUACCUCAAUUAGAAGAAUCCAUAGAAAAUAGUUUGCCGCCGCCUAAAAGUUUAUCAAUGAGAUCUUUAAAAAGCAAUACAAGUCUGGAAACAAGAAAUGCUGUAUCACAUCCAGAUAUAAGCAAAAAUUAUACUGAACCACCAUUAGCUGACUCUCGAUAUAAAUGGUGGGAAUCUCAAGAAAUAAAUUUAGGCAGUUCUGUAAAUAUUUUUAAUGAAACAAAACCUGAUAAUAGAGUAAACGAAUCUAAUCUUAAACCAAUAGAUGAAGUAGAAGAACCUAAAACGUUAUUCGAAAAGUUUGUGCAAUUCUUUGAUUUAACAUUAUUAAGAGAUCCAGUGUUCGUAAACAUUUUAAUUGGUCUGUCGGUGGCCGGCUGUGUAGAAACAAACUUUUCUCUAUUGCUACCAAUAAUUCUUAAAGAUAUGUUAGAGUUCAGCACAGGAGAGAUUGCAAAGAUUAUGGCAGUCAUUGGCUUCACUGACACUUUGUUUCGCUUUGUGUCACCGUUCAUUGGGGAAUGGUGUAAUAAACCACCGAGGGUUAUGUAUAUAGUUGGUUUAUUACUAAUCGUCUUCGUUAGAACGAUAAUGCUGUUCACAACAUCCUUCAUCGGAAUGUUAUUUGUGGCUUUAGGCAUGGGCAUUACUAAAGGCCUUCGCACAGUCUAUAUGAAUAUUGUGAUACCGAGCUAUGUGCCUUUAGAACGACUACCGUUUGCCUCCGGUAUACAAAUGUUCGUGAAUGGGAUUAUUAUCAUUCUUCUUGGAUCAAUUCUAGGUAAAGUACGCGAAACAUCAGGAUCCUACCAAAUACCUAUAAUAGUGCUCAAUCUUAUCACAUUAGUUACAGUAUUCCUCUGGGUAGCUGAAUUUCUUUACUUUCGAAUGAAAAAUAAUUUAACAUCAGAAACACAAAUGAACUGAACACCUUUUUGUGGAAUUCUAUAUAGGUAAUUAUGAUAAUAUCAGUAUGUUAUCAUAAUUAUUUAAAAUCUGAACAAGCGUUCAGAGUUGUAGCUAGUCUUAAAUCUUAGUAACUUUGCAAUGUUAUUUGUAUACUGAUGUUUUUUUUAUUAAAUCUUUAUAAUAUAAUAGGUAACUAAUUAAAAACCAAAGAUAAAACUGCACUACUGUUUCAUUCUAAUUAAAAUUAAAACAUGCAACCCUAUUUCAUUAUUAGGCUGUUUUGAAACAUUCUUAUGUAGAUAACUAAAAUAG